AUGGCUAUCAAUGAAUCUGUUAUUAUCACUGUUGUUUAUGGGGCAUCUGAGGUUAUUGAUCGUUGGAAUUUAUGGACUGCACUGGAGACGCUCGCCCAGCAGUGCUCUGACAUCCCGUGGAUGGUGGGAGGGGAUUUCAAUACAGUACGUGACCUUAACGAAGUAUGUGGCAUCUCAGGAGAUAUAAGGAUGGCCACCGAAGAAUUUAAUGCGGGUAUUCUGGAGGCGGGGCUGAUCCCACUUCCUAUGCAAGGUGAAUGGUUCACGUGGCAUAAUUGCAGUACGUCUAUGAGGAGUUUAUGGAAGCGGCUGGAUCGGAUUCUUAUUAAUGACCGUUGGCUGGCAAGGUUCCCGAGCCCAUAUUAUCACAGCCUUACACCACAGACAUCUGACCACUCACCACUGAAUAUUUGGCAUCAUGAGAUUGUUGGUAUUCCUAUGUAUGCUGUGACACGUAAACUGAAGGCACUUAAACCAGUCUUUAGACUACAAAGGAGAAAUAAGGGAGAUUUGACGAUGAAUGUCCAACUAGCCAAAGGUUUUCUUGAUGAGGCACAACAGUUGAUCAAUGAUGAGAAUGGUUUCACGCACACGGAUCUAUGGGAGGUCGCCCAUGAGUUUGUCUCAUACUAUCAGAACCUCUUAGGAGGCACCAGAAGACGGCUGUCAGUGGAUAUUCGUUAUCUUAGACCGUGGGCAAGGCACUGUAUCACUGAUGAGGAAGCUAAUCAAUUACUCCUUCCACUCUCGGCGGAUGAUGUGAAGCAAGCAGUGUUCGAUAUUGCUGAUGACAAGGCACCGGGACCUGAUGGUUACUCGUCAAGGUUUUUCAAGGCGGCUUGGCCUGUGGUUGGGGGAGAAGUUACGAGGGCGGUACUAGAUUUCUUUUCUACCGGAAAACUUCUGAAGCAGAUCAACUCCACGAUCUUGGCUCUGAUCCCAAAGAUGGGAUUUGCAAAGCCAUCAGGAACAUUCGUCCUCCGGCGACAAGGAUCCAAACUCAAGAAACAACUACUGCGAUCAUGGAUGGAAUUUCUUCGACGGGAUUUCGGUUUUUCGGCAAGAUUGUUGACCGGACAGACACGGAAAUGA